UCUACGUAGCCCCACCUCCCCAUGUGUGGCUACAUCCGGGCCUCUAAGAGGAGGGCGUUUCCCGCUCAUUCUGCAGGCGUUGUGUGACAGGAGAGGCGCGGCCCAGGGAGUCUGUGGUGGGCCAUGAAGUGUGUUAUUGCGGGGGCUCAUCUCAGAGUGUUUGGAAGAGCAAUACAUGCUAUAGCACGUAUUAGUGAUGAAUUUUGUUUUGACCCCAUAGAAAAAGGUCUUGCCUUAAGGUCAGUGAAUUCUUCAAGGUCAGCAUAUGCAUAUGUCUUCUUCUCAUCUAUGUUUUUUCACCAAUACUGCUGGGCAGCUGUGUCUCAACCAUGUCAGAAGGAAAAACAGUUAUCCCUCCCAUGCAAAUUGAUAAUUAAGUCAGUUCUUCCUGUAUUUAGAUGUGUAAAUGUGCUUGAAAGGAAUGUUGAGAAAUGCAGCAUUUAUACAAAUACUAAUGACCAUCACAUAACUUUUCAGCUCCUCUGCAGACAUGGUGUUGUUAAAACAUAUAAUCUGACCUUUCAAGAAUGUGAUCCAUUGCAGGCUGUUUUUGCAAAGCAUAUGUGUCCAAAUGUACUUAAAGUCCACUCCAGGCUGCUGGCUGAUGUAAUGAUUCACUUUCCGACCAGUCAAGAAGAAGUAACCUUAUCAGUUACUCCAAUGAAAGUUUGUUUCAAGAGUUACGCUGAGGAAGACUCUGAUUUUUCAAAGACGAUGCUUACUGAAAUACAACUAAAUCCAGAUGAGUUUGACUACUUUCAAGUUGGAGUAGAUUCUGAAGUGACGUUUUGCCUUAAAGAAUUGAGGGGACUGCUAGUGUUGUCAGAAGCGACCAGUGUUCCCGUCUCAAUCCAUUUUGACGUUCCUGGAAAACCAGUUGCUUUCAGCAUUGAAGAUGUGGUGCUGGAAGCCAGCUUUAUUUUGGCUACCUUGUCUGACGUGGAAAAGGAGCCAGCUUCCCAGCAGCCUCCCUGCUUGUCACAGCAGCAGGAAAGCUCGAAGAGAUGUGUGGGUAAAUCUGAAGAAGCCUCCAUGGAUAAAGAGAGCAACGCAGAAGCCGUUGCUUCCAAAAAGCUACAGUGGAACAGAAACACACCGACCACAGAGUCAGUGAACCCUGCAAGUCCUUUGGCACAACAAGCGAUCAGAAGUAUUCCCAGCGUCUCAAAGAGGGAGAGGCCGGGCACAGGAGGAACGGCUGGGGCCGAGGACCACACGGUGCUGGAAGGGGAGGCGGCUGAGUCACACUGUCAGAAGGUGAGGGGGCUCCCAGGCGUAGUUACGGUGCAGUGCCGCCGCCGGCGUCGGGCUGACCGCUGCCUGUCCUCAGGGGCGCUACACGGUGGUGCCAGGUGCUCCGCGUGGCGUUUCAGCGGAACCGGCUCUCACAGCAGCACAGCUGGCAGAACCCACCACUGCCACGGGUAACUGUGAUGCUGGAACUGCUCACGGGUGGCAGGUGUUUCACUAGGAAACACCUUAGACUGAUAAAGAGUUUAAAGUGUACUUUUAAAGUGGCAAAAGCUUCAGAAAUAACAAACCCCCCAAUUCUGUAUCACAUGCUGUUUCUUACUUCUGUAACUACUGUAUUUUCCAGUUUCAUUCCUUCUUUUUUGGAGCAGUUUCCUGUAAGGAGAAG